AUGGGGAGCAACGAGAUGGUGGUGGUGCCGGAGAUCAAGCACACCAAGCUCUUCAUCAACGGCGAGUUCGUCGAUGCCGCCUCGGGGAAGACGUUCGAGACGCGGGACCCACGGACAGGCGACGUGCUGGCCCACAUCGCAGAGGCGGACAAAGCCGACGUGGACCUCGCCGUCAACGCCGCCAGGGAGGCCUUCGAGCACGGCAAGUGGCCCCGCAUGUCAGGCUACGAGAGGGGCAGGGCCAUGCACAAGCUGGCCGACCUGAUGGAGCAGCACACCGAGGAGCUGGCGGCGCUGGACGGCGCCGACGCCGGCAAGCUGCUGCUGCUGGGCAAGAUCAUCGACAUCCCUGCGGCGGUGCAGAUGCUGCGCUACUACGCCGGCGCCGCCGAUAAGAUCCACGGCGACUCGCUGCGCGUGUCCGGCAAGUACCAGGGCUACACCCUCAAGGAGCCCAUCGGGGUCGUCGGCAUCAUCAUCCCGUGGAACUUCCCCAGCCUCAUGUUCUUCCUCAAGAUCAGCCCGGCGCUCGCCGCCGGAUGCACCGUCGUCGUCAAGCCCGCCGAGCAGACGCCCCUCUCCGCGCUCUACUAUGCGCACCUUGCGAAGCUGGCUGGCAUUCCGGACGGAGUGAUCAAUGUCGUCCCUGGCUUCGGCCCGACGGCCGGCGCCGCCAUCGCAUCCCACAUGGACGUUGACAGCGUUGCCUUCACUGGCUCUGGUGAAGUAGGCCGCCUCAUCAUGGAGGCAUCUGCACGGAGCAACCUGAAGACAGUGUCGCUUGAGCUCGGCGGCAAGUCGCCUCUGAUAAUCUUCGACGACGCCGACGUCGACAUGGCGGUCGAGCUCUCAAGGCUUGCCAUCUUCUUCAACAAGGGAGAGGUUUGCGUUGCGGGGUCUCGUGUUUAUGUUCAGGAAGGGAUCUACGACGAGUUCGUGAAGAAGGCUGUGGUGGCUGCACAGAACUGGAAAGUCGGAGACCCGUUUGAUGUCGCCACCAACAUGGGUCCCCAGGUUGAUAAGGAGCAAUUUGAGAGGGUCCUAAGGUACAUUGAGCAUGGCAAGAGUGAGGGGGCGACUCUGCUCACCGGCGGCAAACGUGCCGGCGACAAAGGAUACUACAUUGAGCCAACCAUAUUUGCAGAUGUCAAGGAGGAUAUGAAGAUCGCCCAAGAUGAGAUCUUCGGCCCUGUGAUGUCCCUCAUGAAGUUCAAGACGGUCGAUGAGGCGAUAGAGAAGGCCAACUGCACCAAGUACGGGCUGGCCGCCGGGAUCAUCACCAAGAACUUGGACAUCGCCAACAAGGUGUCGAGGUCGGUUCGCGCGGGGACCGUGUGGGUGAACUGCUACUUCGCCUUCGACCCCGAGGCGCCCUUCGGCGGGUACAAGAUGAGCGGCUUCGGCCGGGACCAGGGGAUGAUGGCCAUGGACAAGUACAUGCAGGUCAAGAGCGUCAUCACCGCAGUCCCUGACUCGCCAUGGAUGGGCCCACAAGUCAGGUUGACCGUUAUUACAAAUGGGGCCCACACGUCAACCCUCUUCUUCCUCUUCUCUCUUCUGUAA